AUGGCUCGUUCCACCAACGACCUUCCCUCACAUGCGUCCCCCGUCAUAGCUCCCGUCCCUCGGCCUUCAUCCGCAUACUUGGGCGGCUGGUCCGACCUCGACGACAGUGCUGCUCCUACGCCUGGUCUACCGAACAAUCUAAUAUCCCCUGCAUUCACUCCUCCCGCCACUCCCGGCGCUGGAACCCCUUCUCGUCAUCUCCAAUCCGAGCCCAAGUCCAUUCCCGUCGACACGUCCCUCGACGACCCCUCGACGAAGCAACCCCGCUUACUCGAGAAACUACCGCAUGUAGAAUGCCUGGUACGGGCGCGGAUACCGACGACAUCUGGAGCCGAGAUGUUUCUGCAUCUGUAUCAGAAUGAUUCGGACAACAAGGAACACCUGGCGAUUGUCUUCGGCAACAACAUACGCAGUCGCAGUCUGGAUGCCGAGAAGCCCGGUGAAACGGAGAUGGAUCGCAUGAUUCGUGGCGCUUAUGUUGGAAGAUUGAGACCAGGCCGAACGAGUUCGAGAAUAGAUCCCACGGAACAGAGCAGGAGACCAGUCAACAGACGUCUCAGAAGUGGCUCCGCGUUGAAGAAUGUAACAACGGUUCCAGAGGAUGGUGUUCUGGAAACAGCACUGGCCGAGGGCGCUGCCCGGGCUGCAAAUGCUUCUCAAGAUGAACAAAAUGCAGAACAGCCGCAUCAUCCUAUCGCUAGCCUGGGUGAUGCUCUUGAUAAUGUACAAAUCACCAGCCAUGCUCCGGGUAAAGCACCUCUUGUGCGAAUCCACUCGGAAUGCUAUACAGGCGAGACAGCCUGGUCCGCCCGCUGCGACUGUGGAGAACAACUCGACGAGGCAGCCCGGUUGAUGUCCUUACCUGGCUCAACGGGAGGCGUCAUAGUCUACCUACGCCAAGAGGGACGGGGGAUUGGCCUCGCGUCGAAAUUGAAGGCGUAUAAUUUGCAGGAUCUGGGCAAUGACACUGUUGAAGCAAAUUUAUUGCUAAGGCAUCCGGCCGAUGCAAGGACUUAUGGGCUUGCUACGGCGAUACUGCAAGAUCUCGGGCUUGGCACCGACAGUGAUGCGCAGAAACCAGAGGCAGAGAGAGGCAUCAGGCUUCUUACCAACAAUCCCGAUAAAGUACGAGCUGUUGAAGGACCCGAGAAGGAGGUAAGAGUACGGGAAAGGGUACCCAUGAUUCCUCUUGCAUGGAGGACGGCAGGUGCCAAGGGUGUCCGAGGCGCGGAGAUUGAGAAAUAUCUUGAGACCAAAAUUGGGAGGAUGGGGCACAUGAUUCACGAAGAGUCCUAG